CUUUCAAACGCAGCUGAAAGCCAUGCUGCAUCAGGCAGGACGCUGCUGAGACCGGUCGGCGGUGCCAGUUUAUCCUCUUAAUUAGCAUUUUUAAAAGAGGAGGGGUAAUAGGUGUUUGUUUGUUUUUUAAAUAUUGCAACAAGAGCUUUCUACUUCCAGAAUCAGGCAGCUGUGAAAUUUGCCAGCAGUUAUUAAUAAUGGCAAUGUUAAUUGUUCAGAGCAUCAUAUUCAUGAUUCAUAGCUGAAAUUUCACGGCGUCCUUUGAAAAACCAACAUGGUUUGUCCAAAAACUCGGUACCUGCUGUUCUUUCAAUACCUUGGGACCAAGUAUUGUGGCGUGAAGGAGGUUCGUCCUGACCAGGCGGUGCUUGGAGUGCAGAAUCACUUGGAGAUGGCAGCAGAGAAACUCCGGCAUUCCACGCCGAGCAAGUUCACCAUCUCGAGCCGCACGGACUCUGGGGUGCAUGCCCUCUGCAACGCCGCCCACCUCGACAUCGAGAGAUCAGACGGGAAGCCGCCUUUCACAGUAAACAUCCUCACCGACUCUCUCAACCACCACCUGAAGCCUGAGCCCAUCCGCAUCCUGGGUGCUCGCAGUGUCCCCAGCACCUUCCACGCCCGCUUCUCGGCCCGGUCGAGGACAUACGUCUACCGGGUGGCGACCGGCUGCUCUCACCAUUUGGAGCUGCCUGUCUUUGAGCGGAACCGCUGCUGGUCAACGUAUCGAGGCCAUCUGAACCCGCUGGCCAUGCAGGAGGCAGCAUCCUUCCUGCUGGGCACCCACGACUUCAGCACCUUUCGCUCAGCCUCUGCGGAGCUCCCCAAGCGAGACCCGGUUAAGAGCCUUUCGCGGGUGGAGGUCAGGCCUGCUCCUGGCUUUCUCUCGGAGCACAGCAAAGACAGCCACCUGAGGUUUUGGGAGAUGGAGUUUACGGCCCCCUCUUUUCUCUACAAACAGGUGCGGAGAAUGGUUGGCGUCUUGGUGUCCGUCGGCCAGGGCCACCUCGAACCUUGUCAGGUGCAAAGGCUUUUGGAGAUCAGGGACCUGAUGGCUUACCCCAACAACACCAUCGCGCCGCCCGAUGGACUCUUCCUCAAAGAUGUGGAGUACUGCGAAGCUGACUUGGAGAUCAGCGAAGCGGAAUCGGAAUGGCAGCCUAACUGAACUCCCCAUGACUGGAACAGAGAGAGAGAGAGAAAAUGGUUUUCU